AUGAGUCAGAUACCAGGAAAGGAGUUAAAUGGAACAACUGCCCGAAGUCAAGAUCUGGUUCCUUGUAUAACCUGUGGAAGAUGUUUUGCACAAGAUGUUCUGCUGAGACAUGAUCCAAUAUGCAAGAAAGUCUUCAACAAGAAGCGCAAGCCCUUCAACUCUUUGAAACAGAGACUGCAGGGAACAGAAAUCACCACUGUGAAGAAGCAGCCCCCACAAAAGACUCAGCCAGGGAAGAAAUCUAACUGGAGGCAGUACCAUGAGGAUUUUAUUAAUACUAUUAAAUCAGCAAAGCAGUUCACAAAAGCUCUGAAGGAAGGCCAACCUCUUCCGCCUCCUCCCCCACCAAGCAUCAAUCCAGACUAUAUUCAGUGUCCACACUGCUCAAGAAGAUUCAAUGAGGCUGCAGCACAGAGGCACAUAAAGUUUUGCGAAGAACAAGCUGCCUGCCGUGCCUUUGCUGCAAAGACCACCAGACACACUUUGGGCAAGCAACCAGUGACUCAGAGAAAACCCCCAACCUUAACAACUGCUGUGUUACCCCUUCAGAAGAGAGAACAAGAAGGUGCCAAUACAGACGAACUUAGGCCAGAGACCUCUCCAGGAAUACUGCAGAAAACCAGAAAAUCUUUGGGUGUAUCUACUGGAAAAAAAUCUUCAGGAGAUAUUUGGUGCUUCUGCUCUUCAGACCACGUAACUGGAGUUGUUCCCACCUCGGGCCAUGCAGAGCGAUGUCAGAGCAUCAACAAGGCCUUCCAGCCCCUGCGUAAGGUGGUUGUGGUGCUGUUGUACAAGGGCAUGGCUCAGAUGAUCAGCUCCUUGUACCCUUGUGAGAUGCAUACCACUGCAGAAAAUGAGAUCCUGGCAGGAAAUGCGGCCAAGACGGAUUCCCUGUAG